CUGUAGCUGAAGCCUUCGCCCCUCGCCCCACACCUGUGUGUGUCUCGCUCUCUCUCAAAUGGGAAGGAGACAACAGCAGCUGCAUGCACAGCGUGGAGUGUGGCAGUGGCGCGAUGGAUUCAACUUGAGAAGGAUUUUAUCUUCUCAUAGAAGAUCGUAUAAGCUCCUCAUAAUGAGCCUCGCCUUCAUAGCUCUCGUCCCUCCCAUUUUCUUCCAUUUCAGACUUAAGCGCUUCCAUCAGAUGCAUUUAAGGAAGUGCAGUUGGCUGAAUAAUCCUCCUCUUGUUUGUGCUCAUGGCGGUGAUUCAACCAAAGCAUUUCCAAACACAAUGGCUGCAUAUCUUAUUGCUCUUCGUUCUCAAGUCGACUGCAUUGAGGUAGAUGUUUCUCGUUCUGCAGAUGGGGUCUUGUUCGCUCUCCACGACAGGGAUUUGCAGCGGAUGUCUGGUAACAGCACCAUUAGAGUUGGGCACUUGAGCAUGGGAGAGAUAAAAGAUCUAGAAGCCGUUCAUAAGCUUGCAGUGGAUUUCCAUGAUAAAAAAUUUCCUAAACUCGAAGAUGCUUUGACAUUGAUAUCAAAUUCAGUUCGGCAGGUGAUUCUAGAUGCAAAAGUUGGCCCCCCCUCGUUUGAAAAAGGACUUGCAAAGGAUAUUCUUUCAAUAGUCAAGAGAACAGGGUGUAGAAAUUGCCUUGUGUGGGCUAAAAGUGACAAUUUAGCAAGGGACAUGAUUAAGCUAUCAGCUGAUGUGAUGGUAGGCUACAUUGUCAUGAGGGAUCCUUCAACUGGAGCUAGGUCCAAUUUAUUGAGGAUGAAAAAUGCAGGUGUUGUUGGCGUCUACCACCCAUUAGUUGAUGAAAAGCUUGUGAGAAUAUUGCAUGGGAGGAAUAAGAUGGUGUAUGCCUGGACCGUCGACGAUGUUGACUCCAUGCAAAAAAUGUUGUUUCAGCACGUGGAUGCUGUUGUUACAAGCAACCCCAGUCUGUUUCAGAGUCUUAUGCAAGAUAUGAGAACUCAGUGUCUUGAGGAAGGCUUUUCUGUGUCUUGAUCAUACACAUUUUGUUUUAAUUGUAUUCCUUGCCUGGACUACGAAGCUUUUAGUGUUCCCCUUAUGGGGUGUUGGACAUUUGUCAGUUAAUAAUUUUUGUAAUCCUCAGGUGCUGUUGCUGUAUAGGAACCUCAUUUAUAUCACUGGGUCUUAAAAACUUUUAUCCCUCCUUUAAAGACGUUGAUGGAUCUCUGUAGGCAUAAACUCUUUGAAUUUGUAGCUUCACUGUUGGAAGAAUGUGUAUGCAAGUGCAUAGCGUUUAUAAGCUUA